AUGGCAGCAUCUCUUGACCAAGCUAUUGGCCUGCUGGUUGUCACCUUCCACAAAUACGCCGGCAAGGAUGGCGAUAAGAACACCCUAAGCAAGAAGGAAUUGAAGGAGCUGAUCCAGAAGGACCUCACCAUUGGACUGAAACUGCAGGACUCAGAGAUACAGGCAUUAAUGAAAUAUCUGGACCGCAAUAGGGACCAAGUGGUGAACUUCAAGGAAUACGUCACUUUCCUGGGUGCCCUGGCAAUGAUUUACAACAAAGCUUUGAGUUCGUGGGUUGAGGUUUUGUGGUUCGGGAUUAUACCUCUGUAG